AUGGAGUUAAGCAGACGUAUUGCGCGCCUCCCCUGCUACCGGGGCGCACCAGCGGCGCGCGAUGAUGGGCUUACAUCCUCUCCUGGUGUUUACGUCCUGUGCGAAGAUCUCGCAUUCUCUCCAGGUGGCGAGCACCCCUCGUGUGACGAAGCGGCGGUAGUCUCAAAGCUAAAUAAGCUCACCUCCAAGUACGCCCAGUUCCAGCGCAAUGUCGUAGGCUGCGUCUUCGCCAUGACCAGCGGCGCCUCUGCUACUGCGCUGGAAUCUGCGCCUGCAGUGCGCCACGCGUCCUCACGUUUCCCCAGCGAAGGACUAGACCCUUCGAGUGCUGCUGACAAGGGACGCAUGACGACUGCAGGCCGGGUCGCAGCCAGCGCUACAUCUGGAUCCGCUGGAUCGACCCCAUCGGUGCCAGACUUGGAGUCGUACUGGAUGGAGACCUCUCCGUUGCCCCCAACAGCGGUGCUGGCGGCGCUGUAUGGUAUGACGCCUCUACAUGGGAUUUCCUGGAGCAGCAGUAAUCGAGGAGGCCCCGAUGCCGGCACUGAGGAGAACUUGCACAUUGUGACGACCGUGGAUGCCGAUAGACUCGGCAGCGCUCGUUCAUCGACGUCUUCUCUUGAGCUUCAGUGGUCGCUUUGUGGGUGCGCUGCAGACUCCAUAGCGGUGCAGGGGCGGUACCAGGUGACUUUCAGGGACGCGUUUGCCAUGACGACGGUGGCCGCCCACAUGGCGGCUGCCGGUGCUGACGGCGGCAGUAGUUGGCGAGGCGCCGUCUCGCUCGUGCCACCGCUGUCGUCAUCAACCUCGUCGUACUCCCUCGCGCAGCAGCUGCGGCGGGUCUCUGCCCUGCUCGGUUUAGACAGUGAAGGGUCACCGCCGGAGGCGUUGGCGGCCGUGCCACCGUCCGCAUCGUUGCUGGAUUGGCCGGAAGAGUUCUUGUGGAAUUUGCUGGUGUCGCUCUUAUCCAGUCUUGCUCUUGUACACAGUGCCGGGCUUCACUUGUUUGGCCAAAUGACCGCGGCUGAUGUGCUGUGCGUUGCCUGCACGCCAACACUGCCACGACAGCUGGAGCAGACGUGGGCUGAUGUUGCCGCAGCAACGGCAGCGGCUGCUGGUAAAGAGGAUGUGAGGAGGACGGCAUGCGGCACCGUCUCCAGCGGCAGGAUGAAUGACGACUGCGUGCCGACGCACAAGGAAGCGGAUGCCAUCUUCCGGCGCUUCUGCUCGAUAGCUGUGCCUAGCGUGCUGUUGCCACAGGCGACCGUCACCGCCGCCACCCCGUGCCAUCAUGUCUUCUUCGUCCUUCAUCCAUCGCCCAAGCUGUUUCUACAGAAGGGUGAUGACCGCGCGCAUGUCCUGCGACAAAGCGUGCCAAGUCUUUCCGCAGCGCAGGAAUCAAAGCAGACGACACCAGCGCAACAGACGCAACACCAGGCAGCGGACUUGGCGAGUGUGGGCCGCUUGAUGAGCCUUUUGAUGGAACUGCGAGCGCGGUGGCGUCAGCGUUGGCACGGGCAUGCGGACACGGCUGCAGUGCCAAGCUCAGAGCUGGCGUUCCUAGUUCGAAAAUUGAACGAAUGCGGCGGGCCGAGCGCGAGCUCUGCAACGUCCACACAGAGCCCUACCGCUCUGCAGCUUCUGCAACUCCAGGCGCUGCGACUACGCACCGAGUCGUGGUACUACCGUCGCUUGGCUGAGGAAGCGUGCGAUCGCCUGUCACUCGCGCGGCGGUGGCUGGAAAGCGCAGAUGCCGGGCCGCUGCGCCCCUCGCUUGCAACGCUGUCGCACGCGAGGGACAGUGACACGGAAGGGCAAAUGCGUGAGGCGCAGCUUACGGACCGUGAGGCCAAGUUAAAUGUCGUGCUGGAGCUAUACGGGCUCACACAUGAGCACUUGGACGCGCUUAAGCUGUCACAGUUGCCCUCGGCUCAAGAGAGGACAAGCCUGGCAGCGCUUUCACCAGCGUUACAGUCGGAUGCAGCGGCAGUGGGUGCCCCGGCAAAGUUGACGUCGAGCAACAGGGGCACUCACACCGCUGGCUGUGUGGGAGCAGAUCAGCGAACGGCGCUGAAGGUGCGAAAUGAGGACUCUCUUGACCGCCUACUCACCCAGACUCUACUCCAACAGCAGCACCACCUAGCAGGAACCGCGCCAACAUUGGUUGCGGGCGUCACUGCAGAAGACGGGGCGACUCCAGCAAGCACCCGAGAUGGUCGAUAUCUGAGUCCCCAAGUCACCACCGCCACUGCCUCCGUUGUACCUGCUACUACUGCUGGUGCUACCGAUGGCGAAGUCUUGCUCGGCUUGUCUUCAGUUGCGCGUCGCACCACCGUGGAUGACACACUCCUCCUCACACGUGCUGCUGCCCCGUCAAUGGCGGCGGAGACAUCGCCGGUGCCCCCCACACAGCGCCAUCUGGACGUCGAGGGCAUCCCUGAAGGCGACGUUGCGACACCCCCGACGGCGGCAGCAGCCGGUCAUCAUUUCAACGACGAGUCCCGCGUUACCGUGGUCGAGGUAGAUCUGGAUGCAGACGAAGAUGAUGGGCGUGGCAUCAACGUAGCAAGCCAGGCGAGCGCAAGUCCGACGGCGAUUCACGCUGCUUCUGCUGGAGUAUUGGAAGGACGCGCAGCGUGGGCGGCAACGGUGACGUCGCCGUCUGCGCUGCUCUACUCCUCAACUGCUGCUAUGACUCGGCAGGAGGCUCAGGGCUGGCCACAGCCGACCUCCCAGCAGCAACGACAGCAGCGCCAACUUUUCUCUCCCCCACUCCACACCUCCCCGUUCCUAGACAUGCAGACUCCAAUGCGCUCUCCUGCACUCCCCAACAUGGGGUACCCAGAUGGCUCCGCCGGUGGUACCGCAGCCUCCCCUGGCGCAGGCGUCAGCAGCGGCGGUGGUCGUAGCCACAGCAAGUACAGCGCAUUGUCGCUCCUGCGCACGCCGCCGUCCGCCCGCCGCCGUGGCACCAGGCUGGGCACUGCUGCUGCGGUGGCAGCUGUAGGGACGAGGGCCGCACCGUCCUUCUUCCGCUCUCCAUCGUCGCACUCGCCGGACAGCUAUCGCUCCUCCACCAGACCGCACAGCGCUCCCACGACGGAUGUGUUAGCCAGCGCCGCAGCGGUGCUCUCUCCCCACGUCACGACUGAGCGCACCCUUCCGCAGCAGCGUCAGCACCGACGCCGCUCAAGCUCUCGCGGUAGCGCCGGCGAUAAUAGCGGCGGCGCGUACGCGGGGGCCUUGGGUGGCCUCUCACCACCCACGGAGGGCUAUCGUCAGCAGAGGAAUGGUGACGCUGCAGCGUGGGCGCACCAACAGCUGACAGCGCUCGAGGAGAUGCAGACGACGCUGAGAGCACAACAGCCGCCAACACCGCGUAGUCGUGCGUCAGCCGCAGCGGCGACCUGCAGCCGCAGUCCUGACGUGGCGGCGCUUGCGUGCGCGCGGUCCCCGGCAACCCCACUGCUUGCACCACGCGUUGCAGCGCGACGACAUUCCUCGCCCACGGCCGCAUCCUCGGAGGUGACACCGGUACGCGGCACAAUGCCAUCGUAUUGCGGCGACCCCGCAGGGAUGUGCCAGAUGGAGAACGCUCACAUGCACAGCAGUGACAGCCGCAGCGGAGCCCGCCACAGUGAUGACUGGGGCGGCUCCACUAGCGCAGCUCGCGACUUUGGUGGCGUCGCUAUUGCUGAGCGUCCUCGGGUGUUGCUGUCCUUCACCCCUCCAUACAACAUGUCGCUGACGUCGUCUCCCUCCAUCUACCAGACUCCUGCAGAGACGAUGACAGCCGCUGAAGGUGGUGCGAGGAUUGCCUACGCAGCUGCCAAGUCCUCAGAAACACAGAGUGGCGCCGCUGGGCAGCACACACCACCAGCAGUGAAACACCCUACCACUACGAGGCUGUAUGGAGGUGCAUCCCACGAACCCGCCUCCUCUCUCUCACCGCCGACGCGGACAAAGAUUGGCUGCGAUGAUGCUGUUACAGUCGCCAGACGAGGCAACAACAGCCGCAGCAGCGUCUCGAGUGUCUUUCACUCAUCCGUCUUGUCAGCGAGCGGAGCUGUGGCACGUGGCAACAACGCAGCCGGCCUGCACCAGCGCAGUCCGCCACAACACACCACCUCGUCUCCCGCCAUGGUGUCUACGGUGAGGUCGUCUGCGUCUGCUUUCGGUGCCUCCGCAGGGAUAUCGUCUCACGGUACGGGUGGCAGAAAUGCCCACCGCCCUCUCAGCUCACGAACGGCGUCUGCGCACACCACCGGGCCCAGCGCAGGUGGUACGAACGCUCGAGGGACUGUGAUGAGCACAUCUAGUAGUCGUGCCAGCGGUAGCCAUGGUGGCGGUGGAGGGCCACUCCAGCGGCCCGGCGAUUCUUACUCGCCGUCAGCUUCGUGGGCAUCCUUUGCCUAUGCUGGUGCGUCGCGUACGAGUUCCACGACAGCAGUGGAGCUGUUGCGACGACUGCGCGCCAACACAGGGGCGUGA